AUGGCGGGAAAUGAGCAACUUCUGGCUCCACGCCCUUCCUCCGACCGCUCCUCUAUUCGAAACGCCGAAGAAGAAGAUGCCCUCCUGACCGGCGAGCGGACGACUCGCCGUGAUGAACCACGCCGGGGAUUGGGCUUCUGGGGACAGGUCGGGACAUUUGCUUGGGCGGUUAUCGCAACCAUCUUGGUAAUCGUCCUCGCCGUGGUGUAUCAGCAUGAGGCCGCCAAGAAUCAACGUGUUCCUCACAAGGGUGUCUGGGGCCCUGACGGGAAGCCGACUGGCAAGCGCAAUCUGAUCUUCAUGGUGUCUGAUGGUAUGGGGCCGACCAGUUUGUCGAUGACGAGAAGCUUCCGGCAAUUGACAGAGGGUCUACCGAUCGAUGAUGUCUUGGUAUUGGAUAAGCACCACAUUGGCCAGUCCCGGACACGGUCAAGCAACAGCCUGGUGACGGACUCGGCGGCCGGUGCAACGGCGUUCUCCUGCGCGCACAAGAGCUACAAUGGAGCCAUUUCCGUGCUCCCAGACCACUCCCCCUGCGGCACUGUUCUCGAGGCCGCUAAAUUGGCUGGGUAUCAUACUGGACUGGUCGUCACGACUCGCAUCACGGAUGCAACUCCGGCGUGCUUUGCUUCGCAUGCCAAUCUGCGUCAGUACGAGGAUAGCAUUGCGGAGCAAGAGGCUGGUGAGCACCCCCUGGGUCGGGUUGUUGACCUGAUCCUGGGUGGUGGACGAUGCCAUUUCCUGCCCAAUUCUACAGAGGGUAGCUGCCGUGCCGAUGACCGCGAUAUUGUUGAACUUGCGUCAGAGAAUGGAUUCAAUUACUUGCAGGACCGAGCUGCCUUUGAUGCCCUGAACGGCGGUACCGCGGCCAAGCUCCCUCUGAUGGGUCUUUUCGCCGAAAAGGAUAUUCCUUUUGAGAUUGACCGUCGCUCGCAGAACGACGUUUAUCCUUCUUUGGAGGAGAUGGCUCGUACUGCUUUGACUACCCUUAGCGAGGCUACUCGGGACAGCGAGCAGGGCUUCUUCCUCAUGAUCGAAGGUUCCCGCAUUGACCAUGCUGGUCAUGGAAAUGACCCUGCCGCGCAGGUUCACGAAGUCAUUGCCUUUGACAAGGCCUUUGCCGCCGUUCUUGAGUUCCUUGAGAACGACGAGACGCCGGGUGUGCUUGUCAGUACAUCUGACCAUGAGACCGGCGGUCUGGCCGCUGCUCGCCAGCUCCAUACUUCCUACCCCGAGUAUCUCUGGCUGCCCCGUGUCCUGGCCAAUGCCGAGCACUCUAGCGAGUAUGUCGCCGCCAAGCUGAGCAAUCAUCUUGCGGAAGCUGGCAAGCACGAUGAUGACUCGAAGAAGAAGGCGUACAUUCGCAAGACCCUGCUGGAGAAGGAUCUUGGUAUCAGUGAUGCCACGGACGAGGAGGUCAAUGCCUUGCUCCACCCCGAGGCCGGCGUGGCUCCUCAGUAUGUCUUUGCAGACAUGAUCAGCCGCCGUGCACAGAUUGGCUGGUCCACUCACGGACAUUCCGCUGCCGAUGUCAACAUCUACGCAUCAUCCAGCAAGGAUGCCUGGCCCUUGGUCGGAAAUAACGAGAACACAGACGUAGGUGCCUUCCUGGCCAACUACCUGGAUCUCGACGUCGAUGCUGUCACCAAGCGCCUGCAGUCCGCCGCCUACUGGACUGUAUCCGGCGAGGAGUCCGCCAUCCAGGAGAAGUACAGCUGGAUGGGUGAUCCUCUCGGCGCCUCCGUGCGGGUCGAGGGCCUUGACGCCUACCAUGGUGAUUUCAAGAAGCGAUCCCUCGAUGACUGCGGCUGUGGUGCAGCCCACUAA